AGUGGAAUGGAGGCGAUUUCGUCCUUCAAACUUUCAAAAUAAAAUACGCGAUGAAAUUUCACGAACGGUUGAAUUAGUACAGUUUCGUAGCGGACUUUAAUUAAUAUAAUUGGUUUGGGUAAUUUAAAAGUGCUCGCGUGUUUCGAACGUGCUAAUUGAUAUUACUGUAAUUAUAAUAUUAUUAUCAGUGAUGGUGGAUGUAAUUUGCCUUUUCAUCAACGGCUGGGACAAGAAAAAGAGCCUGCGGAGCGGGUAGGAUGCAGCGGCAUGCACCGCACCGUGCUGCUAGCGGCGCUGCUCACGAGGGCGGUAGCCGUCCACAUACACAUCACAGCGCCACCUGGAACUGAAUCCACGUACCUAGCGCAAAGCACGAUGCCUCCUACAGUGUUCCACAACCCACUGAACGCCAAACCUCGCCGCAUCACUAGCAGGAAGGGAAAGGCGGACUCUCCAAUGCUCAAUUAUAUAUUCGACUCCUAUGCAACCAGUAACAAGCAUUUUCAUGACAAAUUCAAAGCCCCGUCAUUCGAAGGAGAUAUGACGUCGGAUACUCUAGUCAAUGCCGAUACGGGCGCUACGGUUUUCUUCGACUGCCGAGUGACGUCGUUGCGAGAUAAAACGGUUUCAUGGAUAAGAGUGUCCGAAGAAGAUAAUCUGGAAUUACUUACCGUAGAUUUAGAAACGCAUACAGCAGAUUCUAGGUACAAAGUGGACGUAGCGGCCGAGACGUGGAAGCUAACGCUCUCGGACGCCAAAGUUCAAGACUCGGGUAUAUACUGCUGUCACGUGUCCACCCACCCGCCCAUGCUGAGACGGUUUAAGCUGAUUGUACAUGCGCCCGAAAUAAAAAUGAACAAAGAAGCUUUUCUGGAGAGCGGUGAAACCCUGUCGCUUAAAUGCGCCGUAUUGCACUUAAGUCCCGGGGAAACGUCGCCGGAGAUCCGCUGGUACAGAGGGAACAGUACGACGUCGUUCGACGAGCUUCGGGGCGGAGUUUUGAUAGAAACGGACCUUUUGACAUUGACCAGUCAUUUACAGGUGGCGCGACUGAAAGUUGAGGAUGCUGGCAACUACACCUGCGCCCUGGAAGCGCCUCUAGCAAUGAGGACCUUCGCCAGGGUCCAUGUUUUACAAGGCUCGAGUCUAGCAGAACUUCAGAGUGGCGUAAAAACUACCACCAGCUACAUGAGUCUACUACUCACAACUCUUCUAUUCCUCAUCGCCACCCAGCACGGAGCAAGGUGACCUCUUUAGAGCAGACUUAUCUAUUUGGAAAGGCUAGAUAACGCAAGAAUUUCCCAGGGAGCAAAUUAAUGUUAAUAAAUCCUCGUCAAAAUUCGGAUGAGCGUAUUUCAACUUCAUGAAGAGAAUAUUAGAAUUAUAAACAAGCUUAGCGUCCUUUCAGACGUGCCACAACCAUAACUAUAUAUCUGCUAAAAUGUCGUCACAAAAUUGUAUGAAGAUUACGCAUCUUAUGUAUGAAACAAAAAGCUUAAUUUGCUAUAAUAUACUAAAAUAAAGCAAUUUGUAUGGUAUAAUGGAUGCAAGAAUUUGCAGAA